UGUACCCACCAGUCUACCGGCGUCCGCUCUGGAGCAACUCAUGUGUACACACUCUAUCCAUAUAAUUUAAAAAUAGCAUUUACGGUUCAUCCGAGUCGUUUGUCGGUGCCAAGAUGCUGGUUUUAAGCGGUCUGUCGCUGGCUCUGGUCCUGUCCCUCCUGCCCGGCGACGCGGAUGCUCUGAAGGAUGGAGAAUGCGAAGUGUGUGUUACUUUCCUGGGGAAGUUUUACCAGUCGUUGCUGGAUAACGAGGUGAAGUUGAACAGUGCUGACAUUGAGACGGCCCUCUUCAAGACCUGCAAAGAAGCCAGGGGCAAAGAGAACCGCUUUUGCUACUACAUAGGGGCGACGAGUGAUGCUGCCACUAAGAUCGUGAACGAGGUGUCCAAGCCGCUCAGCUACCACGCCCCCGUGGACAAGAUCUGUGAGAGGCUGAAGAAGAAGGACAUGCAGAUCUGUGAACUGAAAUAUGACAAGCAGGUGGAUCUGAGCACGGUGGACCUGAAGAAGCUCAAGGUGAAGGACCUCAAGAAGAUCCUGGAGGAGUGGGGCGAGUCGUGUAAAGGCUGCGCAGAGAAGUCUGACUUCAUCCGUAAAAUCACCGAGCUCAUGCCCAAGUACGCUCCGACAGCCGCCAAGGCACGGACAGACCUCUGAGGAGGACACGAGCCACACACGGAAGCAACAGCUCUGGACUGCAUCGGGCCAACACCAUUAUCUGGAGAGGAGAAACACGUUUAGUCUGGGUCACGGUUGUCUGAAGUAGAUGGCCACUGUCUAGAGAGUGCUGGUGAAAAUAUUUGCAUUUAAAAGGGUUGACGGAAGCAUCCGGGGAGGGGGGGAGGGGGAG